AUGGCGCGCAAUGCGAGAACACCACCAUGUCCGACUCCAACUCCAACUGUGCCACAAAUUCCUUCGAUUCGAAUUGAACGGAGCAAAGAUGAAAAUGGAAUAUCGGAAGAGAUUGUGCCAGCACCAAAACCGUCACCACCACCUAGAACAGUAACCUAUGGGAAUACACUUAUGCCUACAACAAAUCGGCUACCAAGGCAGCCAAGGCAAACAUCUUUGAGAUCACAUGCAAAUGGGAGUGAAAACGGAAACGGCGUAAUGAAAACACCACAACGAGAGACUAUCGUGAGUUUGGGCUUCACCGAAGACCCAAUUCCACCUAGUCAUUAUUGCUGCAACACUUGUCAUAUUCAGAAAGCCUGCCGAACAGUUGCCAUAUUUGCCAUAAUCGGAUUUAUCAUAAAUAUUGUCCUUUACUUCAUGGGAAUCUCAAAGCUAGGACUUAAUGGAUACCUCGAAGCGUUCCUUCUUAUUUUCGACUGCAUCUCUUUGCUCACAUUGCUCUGUGGUGUGUCCAAACAACGUGCUGGGAUGCUAAAACCCUACUUGUUCUAUAAUGCGAUUUGGAAUUUUGGAAUGAUCAUUUUGUUUUUGGUCUUUGUGUACCAUAUGCUAAAGGGUUCCAGUGAUGUUUCAAGGAACAUUCUCGAAAACGUUAAAGCCUUACGAGCAAACCCCGAUGAGUAUCACUUCCGGACCAGAGAAAGUUUUACAACCGCAAUUUUGGUCACAACCGCCAUUUUGGCUGCUAUGGCUGUUGUCAUCAUUAUCAAUUGCAUAUUUCUACAUGUGGUCUACCGUACCUUCCAAUUUUUCGCAUACCAGGAAGAUAAAAGAAGAGAAGAAAUGGAGAAAAAGGAGCGGCUAUGA